CUGCCUUGUGGGCUGCCAGGGAUAGGCAUCAGGGGGCUUUGUCUGACCAGACUGAGCUUAGUUAAAAUGGGGGUUCUGGCAGUGAUGUUGGGGGUGCUGGGCUUCUUGGGGGUGGCUCCAGUUGGUUUUGCUGCCUACUACUGGGGCAACACCUCCUGCCACUACUGGACCAAACGCGUUCCUGGCAGCCCUCUGGGGUCCCUCAGCUUCCUUAGCAAGGAUGCCCAGGGUCUGGCUCUGUUCCAUGCCCACUGGGAUGCUCACGGAAGGCUGCAGGUAUGCAGCAGGCAGGAUGAGCUGGAGCUCAUUGAAGUCUUCAGUGACCUCUGUGCUCGUGAGCCCACCCGAGGCUUCUUUAUCCACACACCAGGAUCAGAGCUGCUGAGAGCACUGGCCACCCUGUACAGUCAGUGGGAAACCUGCCAAAGGCCUUCCAGGCCCAGGGUAAAGCGAGCAGCAGAGCCGAGUGGAGCACCAGGCAGAAGGCACUUGCGAAUGAAGAGAGGAUGGACCAUUCCUGGCACUUUGUGGUGUGGAGUUGGGGACUCUGCUGGGAACUCCUCAAAGCUGGGGCUCUUCCAAGGAGCUGAUCUCUGCUGCCGGGAACAUGACCACUGCCCACAGACCAUCUCACCUCUGCAGUACAACUAUGGAAUUCGAAACUUUCGAUUCCACACCAUCUCCCACUGCGACUGUGAUGCCAGGUUCCAGGAAUGCCUGAGGAACCAGCAUGACUCCAUUUCAGACAUCGUGGGUGUGGCCUUCUUCAAUGUGCUGGAGAUUCCCUGCUUUGUGCUGAAGGAGCAAGAAGCGUGUGUGGAGUGGUACUGGUGGGGCAGGUGUAAGACAUAUGGCUCAGUGCCCCUUGCCCACCUCCAGCCCAGGAUCUUUUACAAUGCUUCUUGGAAUUCCCUGGCCACCUCCAUGCCUCCCAGCUCCCAGAGCCCACCCCCCACUAAGCCACAAGGGAAGCAGCACUCUCAGAAGAGGCGGAUGCAGCAAAAGGGGUCUAGGCAGCCCAGCACAGCCAAUGCCACAGUCUUCCAGGCUCCUGUGGUCUCCUCCAGACCUGAUGUAACCCUUACAGCCCAACUGGUAGUCCCUCAUCCAGCCCGCCAUGGUCUACAGGGUGGUCCCAAAGCUCAGCGCACCCGCUGGGCCUGCAGCAGCUUCCGCCUCCUGGACCAAUGUGGACACCAGAUCAGGCCUCAGGAAACCAAGUUCCAGCUGCUGAACAGUGCCCAAGAGCCCCUCUUCCACUGCAAUUGCACACGCCGCCUGGCACACUUCCUGAAGCAUCACAGAUCACCUGAAGGUGCCAACAUGCUUUGGAAACGGCUGGGCACUACCUGCUUGAAGCUGGCCCCUCCACUGGACUGUGCUCAGGAGAAAGGCUGCUCCGGAGAACCUAGAGCCAUCAAGGUGUCAGCUCGGCACUUGUUGAAGCUUCAGCAAAGACAACUCCAACUCCAGGAUAAAGGCACUGAUAAGGGGCAGGCAUGGCCUUUGCAACCCCCCAUGUCAUUCUACAACCAGUGCCUGCAGCUAACUCAGGCAGUCUGGAGACCCACAGGGCAACAAAAGUUCUAGUCAGUGAUCUCAGUUCCAGCUUUCCUAGGCACCAGCUUGCACCUUGUCCCUGGCUUCCUAGGACUCUUGGCUUCCUCUCCAUACAUUGGACUGCAGCAUGGUAGAGGCUGUUGAGGACAGCCAGGAGGCUCCAUGGGGUGGGGGGUGCACCAGGCCCAAGUGCUGGACCACAUUUCCUGCUGUGCUGGAGGACCUUGAGCUGGUGACACAACCUCUGUGUCUGGAUAUGCUGUUCAAAAGGCUCACUCUGAUGAGCUUGGGCCUUGACUGAGAAACACACAGAUGGAGAUGGGGAGAGAAUAACUUACUGCAGCAUCACCAGCGGGUUCCAAGAAAAAGUACAUGCAUAUCCAUGCCACGGCAUUAAUGUAUAGCUCAAGAAGCUUAGGGGAGCCCCAGCGCCUGGCUACGAGACCAGGAGCAGCAGGUAGGAAAUGAGAGAAGUCACAGAAAUGCCUACAUCUGAAUCCAGGAUGGGGGUGCUGGAAAGUAGCCUUUCCAAGUCUGCUUCUCCCAGGGAGGCUCUUUGUUUUAAUAGGUGUUUUGUCUUUCCUAGUCCAGACCUGGACUAUUCUUUCUGUCCUAAACCUAAAUUCAAAUCUCUAUGCUCUCAGGCAAGGAACCUCCCUCUCCGUACUCUGACUCUUGGUUCUCUCAUCUGAAAAAGGUGAUUGUACACAUGAACUACCUCAUAUAUAUAUUCAGUUAACACUUAGUAAACAUUUUCUCCCUUCAGCACCCAGCCAAAGAGUUUGCUCUUGAGAGGCUGACAUAAUCUCUUAGAGGCCUCAGUUUGCUCAUUUGUAAAAUAUUUCUAGGAAUGGCACAGAGCCCACAAGGUUGUGGUAUGGAUUAGAGAUGGCAUGUAUCCUGUAUAUAAUUGGUGCC